AUGGGUUUUAAUAAAGUAGCAAAGUUCUUAACUGAACAAGGUAAAAAAACAUUCUCUCAUAGUGGUUUGUCUAAUUUUGUUGAGAAAGGAGCUGCCUCAGAGAGUGUCACUUUUGCUGCUCUUUUGAAUGGUAACGAGAAAAUUAAGGAGAAUUGGGCAUCGAUUAUCACAGGUUUGGUUGCUGGUGGACUUGCCGCGAUUCCAGUGUAUGGACCUGCUUUCUCUGCUGUAUCGUUGAUCGUCUUUAAGAUAGCAACCGAUAACACUGACCCAAUGGAAUCAACCAGAAAGUUAAUUCAUGAAAUGGUUAACACGGGUAUUGGUGAUUUUAGCAGAAACCUUUCCAUAGGAUUCCUCAAAGGAAUCUUAGCUCUCAAAAAGGAUAUUGCAAAUGCCGAGGGUAUAGGUCUUGCCAAAGCCGAUCCAAAAACAAUGAGAGAGAAGUUUGAAAAUCUUUACAAUAGCUUCUUGGAGACAGAGUCCUGGUUCUUAACCUCUGGUCAAGAGGUCACCAAUCUUGGAGUCUAUGCUCAGUUUGGUUUCCACCAUAUCACCUCUAUGUUUGAUUAUAUUCUAAGAUUCAAUUCAUUUGGUGGAACUGAAACCCUCCUUAGACUUUGGAAAAUUACUUACAAAGAAUACCAACGUAUCUACAUUGAUAAGUGCUAUAAAUAUUACCUCGUAGGUUUGGAAAAGAUCAAAGCAAAGUACCCCGAACUUGCUCUCAAUGGUAAUGGUGAUCACAACGCAAGAUUCAAUGCACUCCAAAAGUAUAGAAACUACAUGUUGGACAACGUCUUUACCUAUGUUCAUGUGAUUGCCAAACUCGAUAUAGAUAACAUCGCUUUGCUUAAAGCCGGUUCCAAUAUCCAGAAUCCAAUAAUCAAAUAUUCCAAGUUCAUUGGUAAGACUACCCUUGCCCUUGCCGAUAAGUUGGCGAUAGGUGGUUUCAUUUAUAAGAAUCCUUGCACCGCUUCCUACAGAAUUCCAGCUGACCAAUUGAUCGAAAAACUCACCGCAGAGAACGGUGAAUUCUAUUUCUCCGAUGUAUUUAGAUUUUUGAUGAAUGUUUCACCGGAGAAGAUCUUCAAUUUCCAAACACAAUACAUCAAUGGUUUAACUGUCAAGGAAGGAGAAUACACCAAGAUCUAUGGAAAUCAGAAACCAACCGGUGCAACUUCUGUUAUUUUCGAAGGACCUCUCAAAGAUAGUAUUAUAGUCAAUACUCGUAAUGAAGUAGGAACUGAUAGAGUCAAAUACAUUCAACCAACCACAAUCACCACAAAAUAUGGUGCUUCCAACUACUUCUCCACUACAGGAGAAGUUAUCAAGAUGGAAGGUUGUAAAAUUGCACACAUCGUUGGUAUCAAUCAAACAACAUUCCAAGACAGUCCCUCUGCACCAGAUGAUGAUUUCUAUGGAUUUGUCGUUGCCUUUACCAACAACUCUGCUGAAGCCAAGGUUGAACUGACCUCUGACCAAACAAGUAUUGUUACAGCAAACCAACCACAUAAAUUCCCAAUUAAAACAACACUCACCAGAGAUUACAAUAAAUUAGUUGGAUUACAUGCAAUUAACGUUCAGACUGGAGGAUCUGUCACUUAUGGUUUUAUUUGUCCCACUGAAACCAAAUUUAAAUUCUAUAUCAAUGCUGAAACCAAUGCAACAUUGACAUUCGGUAGAGCUGGUCAAAAUCCUGCACCAAUAACUGGUAAAGGUUUACUUUUUAUUGGUGAAUUCCUUGUAUCGUCGAUAGGACCCAAUUCAUCUGAUAUCACAUUAUCAGUCAAAACAGGUCCACUUACAUUUACCGAAUUCUAUGUAGUUCCAUCUUCAUUAUAA